CGGGGCGGGCGGGUGCUGCCCGCUCUCCGUCUCCGCCCUCGGGGAGGGGGAGCGCGGUGCCGGGGCGAGCAGCGGGUGAUGGGGAAGAGGCGAGCGCAGUGCUGAGGUCCUUGGGGCCGGAUGAGCCGAGGCUUGACUCCGCGGCGGUGGCGGAGCUGGAGGAGGGGGCGAAGGAGGCUGUAGGGGCGGCCCCCGCUCCGGCUGCCCUGAGGGGAAAGAGCCCCCGACCAUGGAAAUCGAGAACAUCGUGGCCAACACGGUGCUGCUGAAAGCCCGGGAGGGCAAACGGAGUGGGCGUAGUAAAAAAUGGAAAGAGAUGCUGAAGUUGCCCCCUGUCAGUCACUGUGAGGGUAUUCGGUGCUCCAUCGAAAGAGACUAUAACCAGCUUUGUGAUAAACAGCCCAUAGGAAGACUUCUCUUCAGACAGUUCUGUGAUUCCAGACCAGAUUUGAAAAGAUGCAUUGAAUUUCUGGAUGCAGUGGCAGAAUAUGAGGUAUCUUCAGAUGAAAAGCGCAUAGACUGUGGCCUCAAAGUUUUAGAGACAUACUUCACUAAUGGGUCUGCAGCACACUUGCCAGAAAUACCUCAGGAAACAGUAAAUGAAUGUAAAGCAAGACUAGAAAAGAACCCUUCUAAGGAUCUUUUCAUGGACUGUACUAGAAUUGUCCAUGAAUACCUAAGCAAAAGACCUUUUGAAGCUUACCAGGAGAGUGUGUAUUUUUCCCGUUUCUUGCAGUGGAAAUGGCUGGAAAAGCAGCCAGUAACCAAACACACGUUUAGGCAUUACCGAGUACUAGGCAAAGGUGGAUUUGGAGAGGUGUGUGCCUGUCAAGUACGGGCAACAGGAAAAAUGUAUGCUUGCAAAAAGCUGGAAAAAAAGAGAAUAAAGAAGAGGAAAGGAGAAUCAAUGGCUCUAAAUGAAAAAAGGAUUCUAGAAAAAGUGAAUAGUAGGUUUGUAGUUAGUUUAUCCUAUACAUAUGAGACGAAAGAUGCCCUGUGUUUAGUAUUAACCAUAAUGAAUGGAGGGGAUCUGAAGUUUCACAUAUAUAACAUGGGAAAUCCUGGCUUUGAUGAAGAAAGGGCUAUUUUCUAUGCUGCAGAACUGUGCUGUGGUCUGGAGGAUUUGCAAAGGGAGAGAAUUGUUUACAGAGACUUGAAGCCUGAGAAUAUACUUCUUGAUGACUGUGGACAUAUCAGGAUUUCAGAUCUUGGAUUAGCUGUGCAGAUCCCAGAAGGUGAAACUGUCCGAGGACGUGUUGGGACUGUUGGUUACAUGGCUCCAGAAGUGCUCAAAAACGAAAAGUAUACAUUCAGUCCAGAUUGGUGGGGUCUUGGCUGUUUGAUUUAUGAAAUGAUUGAAGGACAGUCUCCAUUCAGGAAGCAUAAGGAAAGAGUUAAACGGGAUGAGAUUGACCGGAGAGUAAAGGAAGACCAGGAAACAUACUCAGACAAGUUUUCAGAGGAGGCAAAAUCCAUCUGCAGGAUGUUACUUGCUAAAAAUCCAGGGGAACGACUGGGUUGCACUGAAGGAGGAGCUGCUGUUGUAAAGCAACAUCCUAUUUUCAAGAACAUCAACUUCAAGAGGCUGGAAGCUAACAUGUUAGAACCUCCAUUCUUGCCAGAUCCACGUGCCGUUUAUUGUAAAGAUGUCCUGGACAUUGAGCAGUUCUCAACAGUAAAAGGAGUGAACCUGGAUACCACAGAUGAUGACUUCUAUUCCAAAUUUGUGACAGGUUGUGUCUCAAUCCCUUGGCAAAACGAGAUGAUUGAAACGGGAUGCUUUGAAGAUAUCAAUGCAUAUGAAAAUGAUGGUACUGUGUCACUGGACAGAGAGAAGUCUCCUAAGCCAAAGAGAGGCUUCUUUCACAGACUUUUUAGUGGAGAGGUCUGCUUUAAAUCUGAUUGCAGUGAUGAUGAGCAGGAGUCCUCCAGACUUUAAAUCAUUUUAUGCUCAUCAGAAAGGAUGAGCAAACAUUAAAUGUUUUAUAUCUCUGUAGCAAAUUGUAUUAUAUAUAUUUUUUAUCUGAGUUCGAGGAUUUUUGUACAUUUGUACUUCAUUUGUUUUAAGAUGUAUAUUUUCACUAAAGCUUAAUUGUACAAAAA